GGCAAGGCGUAGCCGCAGCCCGGUGCGUCUUUACAGGGUCACUACGAGGUGCUGGUCCUUCCCGGUCUGAGCGGUCCAGUGAGGCACUGUCCUGGUGGCCCACCCUAGAACAGCGGACCGAGCGCGCUAACUGCUAAGGGCACCCAGAGCGCCUUUAUUUCUGUGCAAAAUGGAAACUCCCAGCAGGUGUAGACCUGGAGGGGACAUAACCAGUUCCGGUGGGCGCCUGGGAAACUCACAAGAUUCCCACAUAGGUGUGCGGAGAGGGACUUUGAACCUUGGGGGUCACCCAGCCAACUUUGAAGCUGCUCUUUCAGUCCUGCCUUUGUACACGUGCUCACCUGGUUGCCUGUAUGCCCAUGGAGGCAGAUGCAGUGAGUUGCAGUGGGAGCAGAGGUUCACUCUUCUUCUCAGAGCGGAUUCCCGGCGAUGCCCUCCUAGCCAGCCGCCACGGGAUGGAGGGCUUCAUGGACUCAGGGACACAGACGGAUGCCGUGGUGGUGCUGUCCUUGGCUCAGGCCGCUGUGCUGGGCCUGGUCUCAGAAAAUGAGCUCUUUGGAGCCACCAUAAGCGCCGAAGCCUUCUACCCGGACCUGGGGCCGGAGCUGUCCGGGGCGGCCAUGGGGGAGCCCCGGGCCCCGGGCCCAGAUGUCUACCAGCUGGCCUGCAACGGGCGGGCCCUGGAGGAGCCGGCAGAGGAGGAGGUGCUGGAGGUGGAGGCAGCCUUCGAGAAGCACACCCGGCGGAAGACACGGCCGCCCGUGCGGCUGGUGCCCAAGGUCAAGUUUGAGAAGGUGGAGGAGGAAGAGGAUCAGGAGGUCUACGAGGUGUCCGUGCCCGGCGACGACAAGGAUGCGGGCCCAGCGGAGGCCCCCACCGAGGUGGCCAGUGGCGGCUGCGAGGCCCUGGUGCAGAGCAGCGCUGUCAAGAUGAUCGACCUCAGCGUCUUCAGCCGCAAGCCCCGGACACUGCGGCACCUGCCCCGAACCCCGCGGCCAGAGCUGGACGUAGCCCCCUUCGACCCCCACUUCCCUGACCCAGCCCGGGACGGCUUCCCCGAGCCCAGCAUGGUGCUGCCCGGGCCGGAGGCGCUGCCCACGGAGUGUGGCUUCGAGCCGCCGCACCUGGCCCCCCUGAGCGACCCUGAGGCCCCCACCAUGGAGUCCCCGGAGCCCGUGAAGCCGGAACAGGGCUUCGUGUGGCAGGAGGCAGGCGAGUUUGAGGCCGAUGCAGCCGGCUCGACGGUGGAACGCCACAAGAAGGCCCAGCUGGACCGGCUGGACAUCAACGUGCAGAUCGACGACUCGUACCUGGUGGAGGCAGGCGACCGUCAGAAGCGCUGGCAGUGCCGCAUGUGCGAGAAGUCCUACACAUCCAAGUACAACCUGGUGACGCACAUCCUGGGCCACAAUGGCAUCAAGCCUCACUCGUGCCCGCACUGCAGCAAGCUGUUCAAGCAGCCCAGCCACUUGCAGACACACCUGCUGACGCACCAGGGCACCCGGCCGCACAAGUGCCAGGUGUGCCAGAAGGCCUUCACGCAGACCAGCCACCUCAAGCGCCACAUGCUGCUGCACUCGGAGGUCAAGCCCUAUAGCUGCCACUUCUGCGGCCGCGGCUUCGCCUACCCCAGCGAGCUCAAGGCCCACGAGGUGAAGCACGAGAGCGGCCGCUGCCACGUCUGCGUCGAGUGCGGCCUGGACUUCUCCACCCUGACCCAGCUCAAGCGCCACCUGGCCUCGCAUCAGGGCCCCACCCUCUACCAGUGCCUCGAGUGUGACAAGUCCUUCCACUACCGCAGCCAGCUGCAGAACCACAUGCUCAAGCACCAGAACGUGCGGCCCUUCGUGUGCACCGAGUGCGGCAUGGAGUUCAGCCAGAUCCACCACCUCAAGCAACACUCGCUCACCCACAAGGGUGUGAAGGAGUUCAAGUGCGAGGUGUGUGGCCGGGAGUUCACCCUGCAGGCAAACAUGAAGCGGCACAUGCUGAUCCAUACCAGCGUUCGGCCCUACCAGUGCCACAUCUGCUUCAAGACCUUCGUGCAGAAGCAGACCCUCAAGACCCACAUGAUUGUACACUCGCCCGUGAAGCCAUUCAAAUGCAAGGUGUGCGGGAAGUCCUUCAACCGCAUGUACAACCUGCUGGGCCACAUGCACCUGCACGCGGGCAGCAAGCCCUUCAAGUGCCCCUACUGCUCCAGCAAGUUUAACCUCAAGGGCAACCUGAGCCGGCACAUGAAGGUCAAGCACGGCGUCAUGGACAUCGGCCUGGACAGCCAAGACCCCAUGAUGGAGCUGACGGGCACCGACCCCUCCGAGCUUGACAGCCAGCAGGAGAUCGAGGACUUCGAGGAGAACGCCUACGCCUACGCCGCGGAAGCUUUCUCGUGUGCUGUGCGUGCUUUGUGCCUCCCCAACCAAGAGCAGCGUGGCCUGCCCUGGCGGGACUCGGGCUCGGAAGGCACUGUCGGUCUGGCCCUGGGGCUUCAGCUGCUGGCAGGAAGCCUCCGGAGGCCAAUGCGAGAGGCAGGAGGAGGCAGAGCCCGGCAGGCCGUCCACCCUCUCCCAGCUCCUCCGGCUAGUGACUUGCUCUGCACCACCCAGAGCAGCGGCCCGGGCUGCCGCCCCUGCUCAGCCCACGGUUCGCUCCCUCGCCAGCCCGCUCUCAUCUCCUCGGUCCCCGCGCCAGCUCCUGCCCCGGAACUGAAGACUGCAGGCCCAGGGCGGUGAAAGAGCACAUUCAGGAAUGCUGGGGCACCCAGACGCCCACCCACUCGCCCCCUGCGGCCUCCGUGGAGGGGAGCAGGCAAGGCCAUUCCCAGAGGCACAGGAGGUGAAGCCACCAGCUUCAGCCCAGAAACCAGGAAGCGGGGAGCGGCUGAGGAGGGAGGUGCCCCCAAGGCCGUAUCCUUAGUGAAGGACCAAGCCAGGCCUCAGGGUGGCUGAGAUCAGGACGGAGGGGAGGACAAGGUAGCCUUGGGAUCAGGCAGCCAGGUGCCCCUUCCUUCUCUGCUAGAGUUCAUGCUAAGCAGCAAAUAAGAGGGCUGGGGCUCACGGGAGCCUCGCCCCGACUGUGGCUCUCCAGACCCCGAGGCCCCCCAGCCUCCCAGGUGCCCGCCAUGAUGACCCUCAGGUGGCAGUGACCCCGUCACUGUAGAAGACAUUUUCUCCUGCUGAGCAGAAGCAUCAUCCCCGCAAACUACCUCUUCCCACAACUUCUUUCUCCCCUGGUACCAAAAAGAACCCUGUACCUCCUCUUCUUCCUCUUCCCUGCCAGUGCAGUGGCCUUGGUCUUGGAAACCCAUGAGAGACGGUCUGGCCCCCAGGGUGGGGCUCUCCUCUCUGCCCCCAGCCCCGCCAUCAGCACCAGCCCUCUGCAAGGUUCAAUACUUGAACGACCCCCAUGCCCUGUGCCUUGGACCUGGGCAAGGCUGAGAGAAGGAAGCAGCACAACUCACAAUUGGAGCUGGGUGGGCGGCGGUCUUGGCAAGGCUCCGGUCCCCACCCCCACCCCACCCCAACCUUUUCAAAAGAGGCGUGCAGCCUCUCGGGUGACUUGGAAACUCCUGGACAAAUCCCAUUCUAACUUAUUUUGACGUGUAUACAAACCAACUGUUUAGAAAUUCCACUUGUGCAAAGCCCUACUGUGUUUUUAUGUUCCUGUUUAAAAGAGAAGUUUACUUAGCAAUAAUUAUAAAUAAAUGAAUAUUCUUUAGUGAGGUGA